AGGCUGACACCACAGCGCCGGCGUCUAUGCAUUCACUGCCAGCGCCCUCCAAACAGCACCACUGAGGACACACACACACACACACACUCUUACUGACACGGACUCACCCUCUCACCACCCUCACUCUCGAGCAUGGGGAGGAUAGUGCGCUAACAUCAGGAAGAGGGGACGCGUGUACCCGAGGAGCGAGGAGUUGGUGCUUGUGAUCACUUUUCGGAGGAGUCGUUGGAUGAAAAGAGGCUGCAGCGGAACCAGCCCAACGCGUCUGUAUAAAGUCUCUCCGUCACGCUGGGAUCUACGGAGGCAAGCGGAGGCACCAUGAAGCUGGUGAACAGGGGAGGAGGAGGAGGAGGAGGAGGAGGAGGGGGAGGCGGUGGGGGAGGUGGAGGAGGUGGGGAGAAGACUGCCUUUUCCUUUAAGAAGUGCUCUGCUUUCCAGUUUGUCAAGAGAAAGGUACGGAGAUGGAUGCGUAACCCGAAAGUGAGCGUUGAGAAGGCCCAAGGGACGGGGCUCUACUCCUGUCCGAAGGGCCCGCUGGCCGAGGACCUGUGGCACACACACUUCCCCUCGCCCUACGGCUGCUGUCACUACGGCGGCCUGCAGGCCGGGCAGUGCUACCACCAGGCGCCGAGCCCACCACGCCCGGCCAGUGGGCCAACCGGUGGCCAUGACACCAGUACGGUCUGCAAGGUCAGGAAGUGGAAGAUGCUGGCGCGCCAUCACGGCGACGGGACGGGCAAGCAGAAGGAAGCCGAGUGCGAUGUCCACCUGGGGGGUUGUCAGUACUGGGGGGUCCACGCCUCGCCCCCCACGGCCAGCCCCGUCAUGCUGGAGUGCUCCGUGUGCAGCGGGCCCUACAUCAGCUACGCCCUGGAGGAUACCUGGCAGCCACGGCAACGCACGCAGGCGAUGGACCUGUACUACCACAACGAGUCGGACCCAGACACCUACCGUUGCCCUGGCGACAGCACUUUUAUGAAACAGAGGAGGAUGGGUCUGAACGACUUCAUUCAGCGGCUUGCCACAAACUCCUACGCCUGCAAGCAUCCCGAAGUUCAGUCCAUUCUGAACUUAAGUCCUCCUCAGGAUGCUGAGCUCAUGAACACAAAUCCCUCUCCUCCUCCCAGUCCUUCCCAACAGAUCAACCUCGGUCCAUCUUCCAACCCUUCAGCCAAACCCAACGACUUCCACUUCCUGAAGGUGAUCGGCAAGGGGAGCUUCGGCAAGGUCCUGCUGGCACGCCACCGCGCAGAUGACCAGUUUUACGCAGUCAAAGUCCUGCAGAAGAAGGCGAUUCUCAAGAAGAAAGAGGAAAAACACAUCAUGUCAGAGAGGAAUGUGCUGCUGAAGAAUGUCAAGCACCCGUUCCUGGUGGGCCUGCACUACUCUUUCCAGACAGCGGACAAACUCUACUUCGUCCUGGACUACAUCAACGGAGGAGAGUUGUUCUACCACCUACAGAGAGAGCGCUGCUUCCUCGAGCCCAGAGCCAGGUUCUACUCGGCGGAGAUCGCCAGCGCACUGGGCUACCUGCACUCGCUCAACAUCGUCUACAGGGACCUGAAGCCGGAGAACAUCCUGCUGGACUCCCAGGGACACAUCAUCCUCACAGAUUUUGGCCUCUGCAAGGAGAACAUUGAACCCAACGGCACCACGUCGACCUUCUGCGGCACUCCAGAGUAUUUGGCUCCCGAGGUUCUGCACAAGCAGCCGUACGACAGGACGGUGGACUGGUGGUGUUUAGGGGCUGUUCUCUAUGAGAUGCUCUACGGCCUGCCUCCGUUCUACAGCCGCAACACAGCAGAGAUGUACGACAACAUCCUGAACAAGCCGCUGCAGCUGAAACCCAACAUUUCUAACGCGGCCAGACACCUGCUGGAGGGCCUGCUUCAGAAGGACCGAACCAAGAGGCUGGGCUGCGCGGAUGACUUUAUUGAAAUUAAGAGCCACGUCUUCUUCUCCCCCAUCAACUGGGAUGACCUCAAUGCAAAGAAGAUCACCCCUCCCUUCAACCCCAACGUGACGGGACCUAACGACCUCCGGCACUUUGAUCCAGAGUUCACAGACGAGCCGGUGCCCAGCUCCAUCGGCUGUUCCCCAGACAGCGCGCUCGUCACCGCCAGCAUCAAAGAGGCUGGCGAGGCCUUUGUGGGCUUCUCGUACGCCCCGUCUAUGGAUUCCUACCUAUAGGACACCCAAAAGUACAGACCCUCCAUGGACACCCAUUCAGACUCACAGGACAUGGAAUGUGGUGUUUCCCUGCACUUGCAUCUUGACCCCACCUUACAUUUACCAUUCGGGGUGAAAGAUACUUCUGAACCAACCCCUGCAACCACACCGCGUCUGCAGGGAGCUGAAACCUGUGCACUUGCCAUGAUUUAUCCAACUCCCGAAAGAGGACUUUCUGCAAGAAAAACGCCUGCUUUCUUCAGAGGACAGGUUAAAUCCUCUGUUUUCCCCCCGAUCGAGCAACGCACAAUUUCUUGAACAGAGACAGACUGCAGCCUUUAAUUCCCCCUCUCUUACCUGAUCGCGGAGGUCUUUUGCACACAGCUCAGGCAGCUCAGACGCCCCCCCCAACCCGGAACCAACAAGCACACGCACCAACUUCCACCUGCACCUGAUUUCCAUCCUCAUCUAUGUAGGGAGACUUCUGAGAGUAUCCAAGCACCCACAGGGGACCUUGCUUUUGACUUUUAAAAAGCAGAGAUGACAUUUAUUUGGUGCUUUUGGUUUUCUUCUCAUUUACUUUCUGUGGUUGAAAGGGGAGGUAUUUGAAGCUGAAUGUUACAAAGGAGAUCUUUUAUUUAUUCUCUCAAAUGUGCCUUUUUAUUUUAUUUUUUCUUCUCUCCAUCCUCUUUGUCCGCAUCAACCUUAAAGUUAACACGUUUUUUUUUUGUUUUUCAUCGUUUUACGCCCCGACUUCGGGCCAGGAGAGCAUUUGUUUUGAACAAGACAGGAACGGUGUGUAGCACCGAACAGACACACCUGUUGCAGCGAUAGCGUGAGACGUAGAGAACUUAAACGGCGUUCCGAAUCUUCAUUUGCACAUGAAACUAUAAUGGUGAUAGUGAGAGAGAGAGAGAGAGAGAGAGAGAGCACUGCUGCUAGGUGACAAAUAGCGUGAUGUGUUCAGGAGUGUUUGUGUAGAUUCUGCAUACCAACUGUGUCCCCCACCCCCCCCCCCCUCAUGCAGUCUACCAUUCAGCUCGCAACAAAUCGACAUCGUAACUGAACAUUCCAUUUUAAUAUUGCUGUAAUGCGUUUGGUGGUAUUUAAGUAUGUUGUACUAGUUUUAAUGUAUAUUAUUGAACAAAAAAUGACUUACUGUGUGCUUGAAUAUAUAUGUAACAACAACUUAAAUGUACUGUAAAUUGUAAAAUUGUUAAGAUUCAUGUGGCCAUGUCUGGUUUGCAAUAAAAGUUUAACUUUAU